CACAAUCGCACAGCCAGCCCUCCGUUAGCCACUCAUCUCCGCUCUUCAUUUUCUAACCCCGUUCCAGCGACAACUUCUCUCCAUGUAUCUUCUCCGAUUAUCUCUUUUACCCGAAGAUUACUACUCUCUAGUUUUACUUUGAUGGGACUGAAUCCCUCAUUGUGGGCAACCCCUGUUGUGAUUAUCCUUUUUCUCUCAAGGAGGAAGAUGACUUUGUGUAACAGGUAUGUGUUUCGUAGGCCAAUUAUGUGUGGAAUCUGGAUCGAACUAUAAAUUGGUUUUAUAUGCUAAUAUUAUAACUAGGUGCACUAAGUGCAGCAACUUAGCAAGUAUUAAGUUGGCCAUUGAUUUGUCAAGUGCAAACUCUAUCUUCUAGCAGCCAUAACCAAACUG